UAGCAUACUACCCGCCCUCUCCGCCUCCGCGCUCCCGCUGGGCUCCGUGUCCGUCUGUCCGCCACUUCUGCUUUAUUUAUCUCAUUGAUUGGGUUCGCUUGCGGUUCGACUGGCCGCGGUCCGGUCCGCCCGGUGUGCUGAGCAUGGCCUUCACUCUGCAGGGCAGCAAGAAGAAAGUCUGCUAUUACUAUGACGGUGAUAUUGGUAAUUAUUACUAUGGUCAGGGUCACCCGAUGAAACCCCACCGGAUCCGCAUGACCCACAACCUCCUGCUGAACUACGGCCUCUACCGCAAGAUGGAGAUCUACCGUCCUCAUAAAGCCACAGCAGAAGAGAUGACGAAGUACCACAGCGACGACUACAUCAAGUUCCUGCGCUCCAUCCGUCCCGAUAACAUGUCCGAAUUCAGCAAACAGAUGCAGCGCUUUAAUGUAGGUGAGGACUGCCCCGUGUUUGAUGGGCUGUUUGAGUUCUGUCAGCUCUCCACUGGAGGAUCAGCAGCCGGUGCUGUGAAGCUGAACAGACAGCAGACUGAUAUCGCUGUAAACUGGGCCGGUGGUCUUCACCACGCUAAGAAAUCUGAGGCAUCAGGUUUCUGCUACGUAAACGACAUCGUACUGGCUAUCCUGGAGCUGCUGAAGUACCACCAGAGGGUGCUGUAUAUCGAUAUUGAUAUUCACCACGGCGACGGAGUGGAGGAGGCGUUCUACACCACUGACCGCGUCAUGACCGUUUCCUUCCACAAAUACGGAGAGUACUUCCCCGGAACCGGAGACCUGCGGGAUAUCGGAGCAGGGAAGGGAAAAUACUACGCUGUGAAUUUCCCUCUGAGAGACGGAAUUGAUGACGAAUCCUAUGAGCAGAUCUUCAAACCGGUGAUGGCAAAGGUGAUGGAGAUGUAUCAGCCCAGUGCUGUGGUUCUGCAGUGUGGAGCAGAUUCUCUCUCUGGAGACAGACUGGGCUGCUUCAACCUCACCAUCCGCGGUCAUGCUAAGUGUGUGGAGUAUAUGAAGUCGUUUAAUCUGCCGUUGCUGAUGUUGGGUGGGGGAGGUUAUACUAUCCGUAACGUGGCACGCUGUUGGACCUACGAGACCGCCGUGGCUCUAGACACAGACAUCCCUGACGAGCUGCCGUAUAACGAUUACUUUGAGUACUUUGGGCCGGACUUCAAACUGCACAUCAGUCCAUCCAACAUGACCAACCAGAACACACAGGAGUACAUGGACAAGAUCAAACAGCGGCUAUUUGAGAACCUGCGGAUGCUCCCUCAUGCUCCCGGGGUUCAGAUGCAGGUCAUUCCGGAGGAUAGCAUUCCGGAUGAUACGGUGGAUGAGGACACUGAGGAUCCAGACAAACGAAUGUCCAUCCGUGCGUCCGAUAAGAGGAUCGCGUGUGAUGAAGAGUUCUCCGACUCGGAGGACGAGGGAGAAGGAGGGAGGAGGAACGUCACCAACCACAAAAAAGGAGCCAAGCGCGCUCGGGUGGAGGAGGAGAAGAAAGAAGGAGAGGAGAAGAAAACCGAGGUGAAGGAGGAGGAGAAGGUGAAGGAGGGCAGCUCAGAGAAGCAUGAGUCUAAAAGCGUGAAGACUGAACAGACGAGCAGUGCAUGAAAACGACCACCAGAGGGCGCACUCACUCACUCACUCACACACACACACACUCAUUCACACACACACACACACACAUACAUUCUUUUCCUUGCUCUUUGUAUCUCUCUCUCCCUCUGUCUCUCUCUGUACCUCUUGCUCUCUCUAGCGCCCCCUCCUGGACUCCACACCCAUAAGCAUUAUAUUUAUUACUGUGAUUGAGAGUGAGUGAAUGUGUGUGAGAGUGUGUGUGUGUCAGUGUUUGUGUGUGAGGGAGUGUGUAUGCGUGUGAAAGUGUGAGUGAGUGUCAGAGUGUGAGAGUGAGUGAGGGAGUGUGUGUGUGUUACUCUGUAGGAGUCCCUCCACACCAGCAGGGGGCGUGUUUUGUCUCUCUGUCUUUUGUCUCUUUCUGAAUAGUUUGUACUGCAGCUUUAGGGAAGAUGUGGAUGUUGGUUUAGUAGCACAGUCGGUGAUGAAACUCCAGAUUUGUUUAAAUUUGAUAUUUUGCAUUUGCAUAUUAAAGCGUUUUAUACUGCCGGA